AUGGCAACUCUAGAAGAAAUUGCACAUCAAAUUAUUGAACAACAGAUGGGAGAGAUUGUUACAGAUCAACAAACUGGCCAGAAAAUCCAGAUUGUGACAGGACUUGACCAUAACACACAAGGCAAGCAGUUCAUUUUGACAAAUCACGAUGGCUCUACUCCAAGCAAAGUCAUACUGGCCAGGCAAGAUUCCACUCCAGGAAAGGUUUUUCUCACAACUCCAGAUGCAGCAGGGGUCAACCAGUUGUUUUUCACAACUCCUGAUCUGUCUGCACAACACCUCCAGCUCCUAGCAGAUAAUUCUUCCCCAGAUCAAGGGUCAAAUAAGAUUUUUGAUCUUUGCGUAGUAUGUGGAGACAAAGCAUCAGGGCGUCAUUAUGGAGCAGUGACUUGUGAAGGUUGCAAAGGAUUCUUCAAAAGAAGCAUCCGAAAAAAUUUAGUGUAUUCAUGUCGAGGAUCAAAGGACUGUAUUAUCAAUAAACAUCAUCGAAACCGCUGUCAAUACUGCAGGUUACAGAGAUGUAUUGCGUUUGGAAUGAAGCAAGUUGAAUCAUAUCAGGGAGAUUUGAGCACCUUGGCCAGUGUGGUUACAUCAUUAGCCAAUCUUGGAAAAACUAAAGAUCUUUCUCAAAAUAGUAUUGAAAUAUCUGGGACUGAAAGCUUAAGCACUGGUGAUACCUCUUUGUGUGAGUUACAUCAAGAAAUGCAAACGAAUGGUGAUGUCUCAAGGGCAUUUGACACUCUUGCAAAAGCCUUGAAUCCUGGAGAGAGCACAGCUUGUCAGAGCUCAGCCGGUCUGGAUGGAAGUGUGCACCUAAUUGCUGGAGAAGCAAACGUCAGUUACAUUGAAAAAGAAGGACCACUUCUCAGCGAUUCACAUGUAGCUUUCAGGCUCACCAUGCCUUCUCCUAUGCCUGAGUACCUGAAUGUGCACUACAUUGGGGAGUCUGCCUCCAGACUGCUGUUCUUAUCAAUGCACUGGGCACUUUCGAUUCCUUCCUUCCAGGCUCUAGGGCAAGAAAACAGCAUAUCAUUGGUAAAAGCUUAUUGGAAUGAACUUUUUACUCUGGGUCUUGCCCAAUGCUGGCAAGUAAUGAAUGUGGCAACUAUAUUAGCAACGUUUGUCAAUUGUCUUCACAGUAGUCUUCAACAAGAUAAGAUGUCAACAGAAAGAAGAAAACUAUUAAUGGAUCACAUCUUCAAGCUACAGGAGUUUUGUAACAGCAUGGUUAAACUCUGCAUUGAUGGAUAUGAAUAUGCCUACCUGAAGGCAAUAGUACUAUUCAGCCCAGAUCAUCCUGGCCUAGAAAACAUGCAGCAGAUUGAGAAAUUUCAGGAAAAGGCUUAUGUGGAAUUCCAAGAUUACAUAACCAAAACAUAUCCAGAUGACACUUACCGGUUAUCCAGACUGCUACUCAGAUUGCCAGCUUUGAGAUUGAUGAAUGCUACAAUCACUGAAGAACUGUUUUUCAAAGGUCUGAUUGGCAAUGUACGAAUUGACAGCGUCAUCCCACAUAUUUUAAAAAUGGAGCCUGCAGAUUAUAACUCUCAAAUUAUUGGCCACAGUAUUUGAAAGCUGGAAUCUCAGUGCUGUGAGCCUGUUGUUCUCUCCCAGAACACAAGAAGACGCCAAAUUGAACUCAUUGCUUCCAGAAUAUCUGGAAAUUUUGACUUUACAGAGUAACUAAAACUCAGCAAAUGAUUAUUUUA